AAAAUAAUUUGGAUUGAGCGUAAUCCUCAUAUUGUGUUUGUGUGUUGCUCUUGUUGAAUAAAUCAAUUUUUUCCAGGCAGUGGACUGGUGGAGCUUAGGUGUUUUGACAUACGAGUUAUUAACUGGGGCAUCGCCAUUCACAGUUGAUGGAGAGAAGAAUUCUCAGGCUGAGAUUUCCAGGUAAAUAAUCCACAUUUGAUCUGAAAAGCCAUACAUUUAUUUAAUGAAAAAAAUGUUUUUCUCAUAAGCUUCUUUUCUGUUUUUUCCCUUUUUGUGUGUGGUUUGUUUGUUUGCACCAGGAGAAUAUUAAAAAAUGACCCUCCUUAUCCUCCAGAAAUGAGUGAAGCGGUAAAGGAUUUGAUAAAAUCUCUUUUAAGGAAAGAUCCAAAGAAGAGAUUAGGCUGUGGACCAGAAGGCUCAGAUGAAAUAAAAAAACAUUGCUUUUUCGAGGUGAGGUGUUUUUUCAUCUUUGGAGCAUCCUGCUGAAAGUUGGAUGCUUGGUGUUCUGUGCAAGCGGCAUGUGUUCUAAUGCAUUGUGCUAUUCUGUGAGAAGCAUUGAUCGCUGUAGAAGAACUUAAUGUGAUUGAAGAUUUAGCUGUUCUCUGGAGCAUUUUGAACACUUGCUAUUUUAUUUCUAAAAAUAUCACCUCUUCUUUCCUGGAGAUGGAAGCUCAUUUGCCUUAAGCUGAUUUUUAAUUUAAAAAUCUCCAAGAGUGCAUUAAACAGAGGAGAAAAAAAAUAAAGUGUGUGUGUGUGUAUGUAUGUAUGUAUGUAUGUAUGUAUGUAUGUAUGUAUGUAUGUAUGUAUAUAUAUAUAUAUAUAUGUAUGUGUGUGUGUGUGUGUGUGUGUGUGUGUGUGUAUAUAUAUAUGUAUAUAUAUGUAUAUGUAUAUAUAUGUAUAUGUAUAUGUAUAUAUAUAUAUGUAUAUGCCAUAUGUGUAUGUAUAUAUAUGUAUGCUGCUGCAUGUAUGUAUAUAUAUGUAUGCUGCUGUAUGUAUAUGUAUAUAUAUAUAUAUAUGUAUGUAUGUACUGCUGUAACAUGUGCUGCUGCUGCUAUGUAUGUGCUGCUGCAUAUGUAUGCUGCUGCUGCUGCACCCUUAUGCCUGCCUGCUGCUGCUUAUGUAUAUAUAUAUAUAUAUAUGCCUGCUACUACUAUAUGCUAUGUACUAUGUAUACUGCUUAUGUAUAUGUAUGUAUGUAUAUAUAUGUAGCAUAUGUAUAUAUAUAUGUGUAUGCUGCACCACUGCCAUAUAUAUGUGUAUGUAUAUACUGCUGUGCUUAUGUAUGUACUGCUGCUGCCUGCAUAUAUAUAUAUAUAUAUAUAUAUAUAUAUAUAUAUAUAUAUGUGUGUGUGUUCGAGACAACAUUGAUUAUGAUAUGAAGUAAGAUUGUUGUUAGCAAACCUGUGAUAGGAAAAAGUCGGUUAAGGUGUGCCAAAACCGACGUAUGCUGUAGGCCAGUAACUAAAGUGAGCCUACACUAGAAUAGUAUGGUGAAUAAGGGGAGUGGAGGGUGGGGCAGCAUCUCAUCAGACCAAUCACAGUAGGGAAGGGGGGAGUCCCUUUUAUAGGUCCAUAAGCCCCUUCCUCAACUUCAGGCCAAGCCUUCCAAUUUGUGUUUGGGGCAACAUUGAUUAUGAUAUGAAGUAAGAUUGUUGUUGGCAAACCUGUGAUAGGAAAAAGUUGGUUGAGGUGUGCCGAAACCGACGUAUGCUGUAGCCCAAGUUGGGCUUGACAUGAUUGAUCCAGUCAAUAGCGACACUCAGCCAUGUAGGGGGCCAAGACAUACAAUAGAAAUUGAUUUGUUCCAGUAAGAGGCCUAAUACUGGAAGCUGAAGAAGGUAUCGAUGUAAAGCUACGUAUUAAAUAAAUGCUGAAUAUGAUAGAAGUGAAAAUCGCCCUGAAAGACCAAACAUACAGUUAGUAGAAACCGAUUAAAUCAGCUGUGGCGGGCCCGCCAUGGCUACUUCUAUGAGUACGAGGUAGGGUUGGCUCAACUUAAAGGACCACUAUAGUGCCAGGAAAACAUACUCGUUUUCCUUGCACUUUAGUGCCCUGAGUGUGCCCUCACCCUCAGGGACCCCCUCCCGCCGGGCUGGAUGGAGAGGAAGGGGUUAAACUUACCUCUUUUUCCAGCGCCGGGCAGGGAGCUCUCCUCCAUCUUCACCUCCCCUUCGGCUGAAUACGCAUGCACGGCAAGAGCUGCGCGCGCAUUAAGCCAGUCCAUAGGAAAGCAUUCUCAAUGCUUUCCUAUGGACACUGGUGUCUUAUCACUGUGAUUUUCACAGUGAGAAGCACGCAAGCGCCUCUAGCAGCUGUCAAGAAACAGCCACUGGAGGCUGGAUAUACCCUAACAUAAACAUAGUAGUUUCUCUAUACAGCUAUGUUUAUUAAAAAAAAAAAAAGGUUAACCCUAGAUGGACCUGGCACCCAGACCACUUCAUUAAGCUGAAGUGGUCUGGGUGCCAAUAGUGGUCCUUUAAAGGUGACAUGUUUUAGUAUAAUAAUGAUGUCACAAUAUGUCUGAUAUAUGUCUAUAUCCUAAUUCACCUAUUCGUGUAAAAACUUUCAGACAGAAAGUUUGAUAGCAUGAUAGAAAGUCAAUAUCCGUUUGAUAUCUGGACGUACAGGCGCACAUGCCCAAUAUUGAAUUGUGUUAUGAUUGUAUGCGUACGGAGUACCCUGCGAGGGUCAGCGUCCUGUUGACUGCAUGGUUCGACAUCUCAUUUUUAGUCUCUCCAGUCUCAUUUAUUGUCCUCUUAGAGGACACGAGUGCUGAGAAUGUUGCAUGGAGGUUGGUGUUGCUCGAGCAACUUAUGCCUACUCCAGCAUCAGCAUUGUCCGAAUUGGUACGCAUGAGCCUGAACAGUUACGCUUUCACGGGAAUUUCUGGGAAAGGAACGUUGUGUCUGUGUAGCUCAGCCGUAAUAUGAAGAAUGGUCCGUGAUCUGAUAGAACCUGAUAGGUGUCACCUUUUCGUGCAGGUGUAGUGGACCAGACUGGAGUACUGGGGAUUGACAUGUCAUCACCUUCUUACAGAGAUCUGAGACCUACUGCAAUAUAUUAAUAAUUAGCUUCGAUCUGGAUCGUUUUAUUGGCUGGCUAGCUAGUGUCCAGUGGCAAAGCAAUUCACUGGUUGGUGACAGGUGAGCCCCUGCUAGUUGCCAAGUGGCUUGAGAGGUGCUAUCUAUGCUUUGGCGCGAGGGAAUUCGUGGACACCGAAUGUUGUGGUGGGGUGUUGGCCUCUCGGUGACAAAUAAAUUAUGAGAUAUUGGGUGUGACAAGUGAGGCCCUCUCUAUGCCACUGUGCGAGGCGGCUAACUAUGCAUUGGCCCGUGGGGUGUAAUACCUCAUGUGUGGAGGAUUAUUAUUAUGUUAUUUAUAUAGUGCCAACAAAUUCUGCAACGCUUUAGUGGGUGGACGAACAGACAUCUAGUUGUAACAAGACACACAGGAACAGACUGGAUGAGGGCCCUGCUCAAUGAGCUUACAUGCUAGAGGGAGUGGGGUAAGGUGACACAAAAGGUAAGGAUAGUAUUAGACUAAUGACAGUGGCAAGAGAGGAAUCAGUCGGGAGCUAUUAACAGUUUAAUUGAUACGCUUUUGUGAAGAAGUGGGUUUUUAAUGAUUUUUUUGAAGGAGUGGAGAAGGGUGAGCAUCUAACGGACGAGGGAAGUGAGUUCCACAGGAACGGCACAGCCCUCGAGGUCUUGAAGGCGAGCGUCAGAGGUGGGAGUACGGACCAAAGAUAGACGCAAGUCUGCAGCAGAGCGUAAGGGCCUAGACGGGACAUACUUGUGUAUUAGGGAGCAUAGAUAGGUGGGAGCAGCAUUAUGUAGGGAUUUGAAAGCAAGAACCAGAAUUUUAAAUUGAGUCAUAUAUCUUACAAGAUGCCAAUGUAUGGACUGACAGAAGGGUGAGGUGUGGGCGGACAGGAAGAUGAGCCUCGCCGCCGCAUUCAUUAUGGACUGUAACGGCGCAAGUUGGGAGCACGUACGACCACUGAGAAACGGAUUAAAUUAGUCAAGGCGAGAAAGAACAGUCGAAUGGACCAGUACCUUAGUCGCAUCUGUCGUUAAAUAGGGUCGGAUGCGCGCAAUGGUUUUGAGAUGGAAGCGGCAGAAUUUUGCGUCAGACUGAACAUGAGGCUUGAAGGAGAGGUCGGAGUCAAAGAGAACACCUAGGCAGCGAGCCUGCGUGGUGCAGCUGAUGUUGGCACUGUUGACUUGGAGACAGACAGACACAGGAGUAGCAACACUUGAGGGAGGAAAGACCAGAAUUUCAGUUUUGGUCAAGUUUAGUUUUGGGGGGGGUGGGGUCGGGCCGUCGGGCCGAAUAGAUGCCAUAUGCAUGGGCUCCAGCACUAACCCAAGCAAAAAGGCACAAAAAGCCGUUCCAGACAGCUUAAAAGUCGGAUAUCCCGACCGCAAUUAACCGGGAACAGCCCCCAGCGCAUCUCGGACACUGCACAAAGCCUAUCACAAGCCGGAUGGGCAAUGGAGGCCAUGCUCGACCUACACGCGGCAGAGCACCUGACCGCCCGCUGUCACAAGCAUGGCGCCGCAUAGAAGCACAGCCCCAAGACACCCGAGUGGGAGACGCCGCACAGAUAAUUCCCCCUGACAUGAGAUCAACCCCGUGGCAUGGCCCUACCCCCCCUUGGCCGGCGGGGGUUAUCCCAGCCGCAUGGCGGCGACUCACGCCAUGGCGGGAGCUCCCGCGUGGGGUAUAUGCUGGCCACCUACACUGGCGGCAAAAGCUUGUGAAGCAGCAAGCUAGCAGAAAUCGACACAGACACGGAGGGAAAGCAGAGCUCUAGUGGGGAGGCACACAGACCCUGAAGUAGCGGAGGCCGCUCACCGCCUGAAAAACGGCCCUCCGACAGUCUUGGCGAGACAGAGCAGGAGCCGAUACGGAGAAGAUCACCUGCACUUCUAUGGAGGUGCUCCAAAACAGCUUAACACACCCGGAGGGCCAAAGCUAAAUUUAACAUGGGGGACUGACAUGGACGGCUCGUGCAGGCCCAGGCAAUACUGAGCACUGGGCGGAACCUCCGCACUGCCCACACGCCGACCGGAGCAGUGAGUACCCCAGUCUCUGGGUAUGGGGGGUUCCCGGAGAACCGUGUCCCCGCUGCCGUGAGGCAUUAGUUCGCUACCCUGCCGGCGGAUCGGUGGCCGUGAUGGUUGUGUACCAGCUUUAAGUGUGAGGCCAGCACUGGGAGAGACACGGGAGUGCUCGCUCCAUAGGGAACAAUGAGGUGCUGGGGAGGUGCAUGUGGCGGGAGGGCUGCGGACUUUGUGGUGGGGUCCAGUGGACAAUCUCUGACCCUGAGUGCCCAUGGUGCCGCGGAGGACCCAGCCGGUGUGGGGAGAACGGGCGGAGGCUCGGUGACCUCAGUACUCCACUGCAGCAGAGACAUGUGGGGCCUCCCUCAGACUGCCCUACAACUUCCACACAAGUUACUACCAGCCUUGCUCCCAUAUUGUUAUAGUUCUUAUUAUUGAUUUUUAUUCUUUAUGCAUUCAUUAUUAUUGCAUGCCUGUGUCAGAAUUCACUGGGUGCUGCUAUAGGACAAACCGCUACGACCUAUCACAGCCUCACGAUGCCUGCUUACUAUAUUGUUUUAGCCAUACUCUGUUUAUGCUGCAGUGCCUAUAUGAGCUAAAGUUUAAGGUCGUAAAUUAUUGCACACACUACUUCACUCGGAAUAGCUGUAAGCAAUAUAAAAGGCCUUGCUUUUUCAUUAUUCUCUUAGAUAGUCUUACCAAACGUUACUGCCUCUAUUUGCCCCCUUACUGCAACACUGCAUUUCUUUAAGGGUUCGUUACGGAUUGACCUGAACUGUUAUUUGCCUUACGUAAGUUUGAUCUGUCAAUUCAACAGCACACUUACUUCGGUUGGGUUUUAGUUAAUUCCUUAUUCUCUCAGAUAGCCAUACCAAAUGUCACUGUCUCUAUUUGUCUCCUUAUUGCAACACUGUAUUUCUUUGAGGGUUCGGUAAGGUUUGACCUAAACUGUUAUUUGCCCUAAGUAAGUUUGACCUGUCACUGCAACAGCAUACUUGCUUCGGUUCAUAUUUAGUUAAAAAUCAUACUUUUGUCACACGCAGACGGAUAUAUGUUAUAUGCUCAUGAUGAGAAAUUCCGCAUCAGCAACCGCGACUGAAUAAUUAGCCAGACACAUGCCAUUAAUUGCCUUUCAUAUUGUUAUAAAAGAUGGAAUACAGCGCCAGAACACUACUGUCACAUGUUUGUUUUAAGCCUAGACAUAUGAAUCCUCGCAAAGUUUAUGCACGUUUACAUGAUCCUAUAUACUCGCCUCUGCGCAGGUGACAAUCUGCAUUUAUCUUCGUAUACCGAUACCUGCGCCUCUGCGUAGGUGACUACCUGCUUUAACGUAAAUAUGUUUGAUGUACAAGUUUAUGACAUGACCACAAUAAAAAUAUUCAAAACAGGUUUAGUUUAAGGAAGUGGGCAGCCAUCCAGUUGGAAAUAGCAGGGAGGCAGACAGAGACACUAGUCAAGAAGGACGGGGAGAGAUCAGGAGAGGACAGAUAGAUUUGCAUGUCAUCCGCAUAGAAAUGGUAUUGGAAGCCAAAGGAGCUAAUGAGUUUACCAAGGGAGGCAGUAUAGAUGGAGAACAGUAGGGGACCAAGGACUGAACCUUGGGGGACACCAACAGAGAGGAGUUGGGGAGAAGAAGCAGAGCCAAAGAAAAAAACAAUGAAAGAGAUCUGGGAGAGGUUGGAGGAGCACCAGGAGAGAGCAAUUGGCCUCGCAAGACCACUAACUCCAAGGCAGAGGUGCCUGAAACUUAACAUGUAUUGGUCACCUAGAUACCUAUAAGCCAGUAAAACCUACUGAUUAAAAAAUAUUCUAUUGCGGGGGAGCCAUCAUGGCUAAAAACGUACCUGAAUUCAUUAAAAAGACCUACAUGUGGAAUGCUUAGAAGGAUGAUAAAUACUUAUGCAUGGAAGAUUAGGAUUGAAAGCAACAGGAAGUGCUAGAAUGUUUCAGUAAUAUUAGCAUCAGAUAUAAAACUUCAAUGCUUAAACUGAACAUGACUGAAUGAUGUUCCUGAUGCAUGUAGACCAGGGCCGGUGCAAGGAUUUUUGCCCCCCUGGUCCUUACUCCCCCUCCCCUCCUGGUCCUUAUUCACCCUCCCCCCCCCUCCCCUGGUGGUCCUUACCCUCCUCCCCUCCCCCUCUGAUCCUUACUCACCCUCACCCCCCCCUCCUGGUGGUCCUUACCCCACUCUCAUUGUGUUCCUUACUCUCCCCUCCCUGGUGGUCCUUACCCCCUCCCCUGUGUUCCUUACUCACCCCCAUCCCCUGUGUUCCUUACUCCACCCACCCCUCCUUACUCAACCCCCCCCCCUCCUGCCUAUGUAGCGUGACCGAGCGGCGCGGGACAGGAACUACUGUUCCUGGCCGCCGGCGGACUGAAGGGAAGUGCUCACUCAGUGAGCACUUCCUGUCAGUCUGCCGGCGGCCGGGUACAGGAAACAGGUUCCUGUUCCGUGCCGCCCGGCCACGCUACAUUGAGAGACCGGCAGGAGGGAGCGCUCUGCGCUUCCCUCCUGCCGGUCACUCAAAUCCGGCCGCAGGGAUCCGGCGCCCCCUGCUAAGGUGCGCCCUUGGCGGCUGCCUAUGUCGACUUACAGGUAGUGCCGGCCCUGAUGUAGACCGUACAAAGAAAGUCUGGUUGGCGUGAGAAAGUGAGGGAAUGCAAAAGCAGCAGACAAGAGAACUGCAGGUUUAGCUAGCUGUUUUAGAUUAUACCCCAAUGAAAAUACAUGAAAGCUGUCCCUUGUGUCAUAUCUACUAAACUGUGAAUUACCAAACAAUGUUGGCCCAAUGAGUACCUGAAUACCCAGAGGGCAGACAAACAUUAAAAUAUAGGGUGACUUUCUGAAAUGCAUAUGAUACAGUUUUAUGAAUUUGAGGUAAUUUAGUAAGAAGAUUUAAGACAUUUAGAAGAUAUUCCCCUUUACAGAAAAUAAGGAAUUUUACCUUUAUGUGUACAGAGAAUGUAUAUACAAGUUCAUAUUUUAUUUCCUUUACCAAGUUUGGGCCUGACAUAAAUUUAGACAGUCAUUUGCAACACCUAGCCACAUAAUUACUAAACAAUGAAGACUUAAAAAGUGCAUGAAUACGGGGGUGGAGCCUGGACACCAAGCCGUGCAGACGUGUCUGACACGAGCUCCUGCCACACGGGCCGAAAAAAGGGGGGAAAGUGGGGGGGGGCAUAUGGCCCAAGACCCUCCCAGGGUGCACCACCCAAGUCGGGGUUGCACCGCUGAACAAAAAGAAAUCUCCCCGAGGCCGGGAUUGCAAAGUUACAAAUGUGGCCUACUGGGACUGGAGCCGGGGGGAGACUGCAGCCCUCCCCGGUGCAAAGGCCCUCAAGCGACUCACUUACAACCUACCCCCCACCACCGGACCGGCGGGGAUAUCCUGAUCCCCACUGGCCGUCCCGAUCGGAGAGGAAAGUGGACAUGUCGGGCACAGGGCCUCCAAAGCAAAGCCUAAAUGGCCGCCCAGGACAGACCCCAAAAGAGGAACACUUAGAGCAAACCCUACACAUAGUAACUGGGGACAUUGGAUCAGCUAUGCAAAAGCCUUAAGAACGUACUGCACAGCCGAGGAGUGACCUACCGUCGGGCGGACAUGCUGGUGGCCUCGUGGAUCCGACCAGCAACACGCCGCAGCCAUUACACGUAUACGGCUGCCCUCGAGACGGGAAAAAGUGCCAAACUUCCCAAGAACACGCUUCCACCCGUGGCAGCAUAUAACGGAGAACACCACACCAGUGAUACACGGUGGGACCCCGCCUGACCGGUCUCUUGGCAUCCGGCGCAGCGGGACACAGCCACAUACAGCCCACACGGUGAAACCAGAGACACUGCGGCUGCACUCACCUCAGGGCAUUACCGGCGCUGGCCCCAGCCGCAGAUACACCGCAUUCAGAGGCAUCAAGAGAGUGAAGGUGGCCACCCACUAUGCACCGCUCAAUACCCGCCACGACCAGCACCUCGGCACAGACCUGCGGUACCCUCCCAGACUGGGAAUAGGCUGAGGAUCGGGCCAGCCCUGAGACAGCAUGACCGCUAAGGGACUACACCCUGGACAUUAACUGUCUCACCUGACAACUAUGAAUAAUAGGCCCUAUGCAGGCUACUGGACUGAGAGGAUGAUCCUAUCUUGACACAAGCUUGUCUUCGAAAAAAACAGCAUGGUUUAUUUUUAUUUCCCUUUUCGUUUUAGUACUCCAUUGUAUGGAUACAUGUAUGCCGGCAGAGCGCAUGCCAUUCUUUACUUUAACCUGACUACAGCCGGAAUGCCAGUGCGCCUGCUAGAGUAGGAACGUACAGUUACAAGAUGUUUUAUUUAUAUUGACCGCUUGCCAGGUGGUUUCACAGAUCACCAGAUUAACAGCGUAGUCUACCAUUAUAGUCUAACCUGUUCUUAACAUUGUAAACUCUAUAAUAACCAUAUUCUUUUUGUUUAUAUUCCUUCCGCCAAGCGUGACAUAAUUACAAAUCACCGCAUAGGCCAGACAUACUGUACUAAAGAAUACGUUUUUUAUUCUUGUUGUAUUUGAAGGGUUCUUGAGGGAUUCCCUUUAAGGGUUGUAGCCUUAUUGUUAUUCUAGCGCUUACUCUCUUUCUUGAUUUUAUACUGUACUAAAGGCAUGACACUGUACAAUCAGAUACAAAGAUAAGAGUGUAUUGCUAUGAUCUGUAAUGCAAUGUCCUAGCCUGACCUCUAAGCUUACUGUGACUACUAGGUGGUUCAUUUCUGUGAAUCAAACUAACUCUUUCACUUGCCUUUAUAAGUGUAAGAAAUUAUCCUGUUUAUGUAACUACUUUUUUUUUUUUAUUUAAAAGUGCAGUCAUUAAUGCCAUGUGAUUAAGCGUGUAUGCAAACUUGAUUGCACCAGCUAUUGUGACAGUGCAAAUCCGCCUGUUAAACUUAUGCACAAACAAAAAAAAAAAGUAAAAAAAAAAAAGUGCAUGAAUACCCAGGACAGCCAAAAAAACUUUUCAAAUGUGGAGUGAAACGGACGGACCCUAACCUUUCAUGGAGACUGACGUGUGAGCCAUUAGCUCUCCGACCCCGGGAUCACAAUCCGCGUACAUCAGCUACUAUAACAAAGCAUCUCGCUCCCAAAAUACAAUCCUCCGAUACUAAAUACCCUCCACACCUACCUACCGCAUGGGAGGCAAUAAAAAGAGAUGAGACACAACGCCGUCGGUAGCCACAAUGUUCUGCAAUAGGGACGAAGGGCGGCCAUCUUUGUCGCAAGGCCACACAGAAUCAGGCUCUGUAUCAGAGGGGUAUGAGCCCAUGGAAAGCCAGGCGAUCCCCCUCACUAAAGAGGAGCUGCAGAAGAUGCUUCGGGAAACAUCCAACGACAUCAAGGCCUACACAACGGCCGCACUGGAGAAACAGAUCGCAGGCCUAAAGGAGGACAUGGAGGCCCUGGCCUCGCACACCAGCCACACUGAACAACAGCUAUCAGAAGCACAGGCAACGACCAAAAACCAUACCAGGGACAUAGAAAUACUCCAAGACACAAGGUGACAUACCUGGAAAAAGGUAACCUUAACAAUAGAUCACGGAGACAAAACAUAAGCAUUAGGGGCCUACCAGAGACAGUUCUACCGGAGGCAAUACUACCCACCAUCCGGGCCACUCCCUCCUCCUAGACACAUCUGUUUUUCAUGGCGCCCCCAGCCUUCAACGUUAACGCGCCCAGGGACAUUAUCACCAAGCUCCAUUUCCCUGUCAAGGAGCAGAUCAUGCAGGCCAUGAGGGAUAACCCUCCAACGUACCAGGGACAAACACUGCACUUUUACCAGGACUUGGCACAGACCACACUGAGGAAACGCCGGGAACUUAAACCCCUCACAACAGCAUUAAUGGAAAAAGGGGACACCCCUUUAAGCUCCUCGUCAAAAAGGGCAAGCAGACAUACACCCUCCAUCAAAUAUCUGACAUGCAGGACUUUGCCAAACAUAUAGGACUCACCUUACGCCAACCUGCAGCUGAAACCAACACCACAGCAUCGGAAGGUAACGGCCGGCAAGGGGAACCACGACCCCGUCCCUCCAAACAGCAGGCCAAACCAAGACACCCCGCCACACCCCGGGGACAAGCCCAAAUGGACACAUGAAACAUAACACAAGUUGACAAGGAGGACCCCCGAAACCCUAUUCGGGAUACUCGCCACCAACUUCAGGUCCCCGACCGCACAAAGUAUAAUGUUUGAUGUUGUAUGAUUGAACCGAUACCAAAAGUUUGGACCAAAGUUUAAAGUUUAUUGAAUUAUGUAUGGUGAGCAGCCCCAUAUAUGCAUAACUGAACCCCUUAGUAAUGUUAACAAUAUAGUCUCCGGGCGCCCCAGGCAGGAGACUUCAGGCCUUUACAACGGCAUCCACCCACCUAUACCCACAGGGCGGCACACCCGGGCUUCCCGCCAAAAAGCCACUAGCACGGGCCGAGGCGGAGGACCACCCCGAACCGCUAUGGCCGACAACAUCAAAAACCCCAACAAGAAAAUAACAAAAAACAACUACAUGGGACGUCCUCCCGCAACCCCAACCAGGACCCCCAAUACCCACCAACGACCUAUGGGUCACCAUAAUGCAUGACAAAUAUCGCUAAUAUACGUAGACGUCCUUGAACGAUACACGCAUAGCUAGUAGAAUUACUGGGGCAACGGCAACCAAGGGGCUAGCCAAAGGAAAGGGGAACAGACAGAAAACAGGCAAUACUUUGAGUUUGAGGUUGAGUUUGAUGUAUACAGGUGAUGCCCACCAGAUGUUACCAAAAUGUGUGUUUUUAUUCAUCUUCAUUGUUAAUGUACCAAUGGGCACUCAAAAUACUCCAAAAGGACUCCUCUGUGCUUUCUCAUAAAUGUCAAGACAGCACUACCAGGGCACGCGGUGACGGGAGGCCUCCUUCGUAACAAUACUCAGACUACCCGCCACCAGGUGCAGACCGAGGAUAGCAUGAAUUACACUCUGUAUGAUGUUUAUUGUUGACACAUAUCCUAUGUUACGGUUAAUGCUCUAUUGAUUUUUGUACUGUGAAAGGCUGGGCACAUGCAAAGUGUACCCCUGUUGCACUACUAGUAAUGAGAUGCCCCAAACCCCACCCGCCUUGGAAUAGGGGCCUAAAAUACACCCAACAGCUCCAAACCGCACAAGCCCACGAGGCAGCAGGCUCAUGACCCCCGCCAUAAAGCGAAGUAAAAGAACCAAACACAACAGAACCAAACCAAACCACACAACAGAACCAAACUACAAUCUAUCUGACCACCCCCACACGACUAGAGCGAAUCAACAGGACUGGCACAACUCCACAAAUACGACCCUGUAACCGCAGCCAUAACGCCCCACAAGCACCCGCCCGAACACACACUAAGCAAUACCGACCCAAACCACACAAGGUGACCAACCAGCAAAGAUCCCCCACAGAAAGGAUCUGACUGACCACACGGAGGACCCACCCCUCACAAUACCACGCGCACCAGCGAGACAAGGUGAAACGGACGUCUACCCCCCGUGACCCCCACAACCACCACAUCACCGGAACCUCCCCCGACCGAGCUCGGGGAAGUGUUCACGGAAAGAACUCCCACUACAAAUAGCGAAUACACUUGUACAGACACAACCUACUGCGCCCGCACGACACCUGGCAACUACUGAGUAAGACCAGGCACUCUCACCCUACCCCUCCUCGUCCCUCUCUCUCUCCUUCCCCCCCUCCUUUUUUUUUUUUUUCUUUCCUUCUCUUCCUUUUCUCUUUUCCUUGCAACUAAAAACCGCAGGACACACCACAAAAACGCACAACCCCACCAUGAAGGAUGCCGACCUCCUUGACCUACCUGCCUAUCAAUCAACUGUAAGGGCCUAAAUAACCCCUCCAAAAGACACUGUAACGGACCGUUUGCACAAAAGGGGUAAAAACCGUUUAGGCGAUCGGCCCCCUUUCCAGAGAUACAGGCACAGCUACUGCAGAACACCAAACUCCCGAACUGGAUACAAAAUAGCACUCCAACUCCAGAACUGGAACCUCCCAAAUAGCUGCUAGCAGACGAACAGGAAAAGCAGACAAUCAGCUUACACUCCUGGCAAUCAGUCUCUAACAGCAUACAGUGAAUCCCCCCAAGAACGAGACAAGGCUCCGUGUUGAGGGUCAAGCAGUGGUCUGAGGUGCUGGCACACCCAGCCUGGUUUUUAUUACAGUCUUGCAAAUACAGGACCACCCACAGGGAGGUAUAAAAUAUCCAGUAACAUAUUAGUUACAACCCACAGAUUCCCUCCCCCUUUUUACCACAAUGCAUCCUGGCUUCCUCUCCUCUGCCCAGGAGAUAAUUGAGAAGUAAUUAAAUUAUCAAGACAAGACUCCAUUAUGCACAUGGUUAGCACAAAGCAUUAAAAUACUGUACAAUACACCAAGUCCCAUUUUAUACAUAAAACAAGCAUUACUGUUAAAAUACACCAGGUAAGACACAUUACAUUAAAACUAUACAUUUAACAUAUCCCCAGAUAGCUCAGGUCUGAGCGCACAUUAUUAAGUGAAUGGCGCUCAGACCACACGAAUACAGUUUAAUCGCCAUGGAGCCAAAGUCUUUACAGUCAGUUUCAUACAAAUGGGCUCCAUGGGAUUCCUAUCUGGGGUAUAACACAUUCAAACAAAUCUACCGAACCCCAGGCAGAAAAGCAUGAAUGAAGCUUUUCUGCAGGUAAAAAAAAGAUGUCUUUGAACAGGGGGCCAUAGUCCAAAGGCAGCAGGCGAGCAACCAGGCUUCUCCAAUGCAAUGUGGCGAGAUUGGUCUCGUCACAGACACCAACUCAUGCGCUGGGCAAACAGGUCGAAAGCAGACAUACACCUUCUCCAGGACUUCACCCAAGCCAAACCGUUCCCUCUCCUGAGCCGACACCACCGGGUGUACCACUACGCCAGCUCCCCAGCAGGCAAACAAAAUGAAGUCGCCAUCAUCAUCCGAAAAUUGUGCCCCCUCUCGGUCCAACUCACAAUCGCUAACCACAUGGCAGAUACCUCACAAUCAUAGGCAGAAUCGGCCCACAACAAUACGCGCCCAACACACCCACCAGCUCAUUCUGGAACACUCUUAGAGUGCACCUGGUGAUCUUCUCAUCCCAUCACUCAGUCAUUGGAGGGGACUUUAACGCCGCGCACGAACCCACACGCGCCACCGACAGCAAAAGCAGACAAACUCCUCUCUGCAUUCCUAACCUGCACACACCUGAUAGACGCAUGAAGAUCUCAACACCCCACAGAGUUAGACUUCACCUUCUUUUCGCACCCACAUCACUCACAUUCCCAUACAGACCUCUUUCUUAAAUCCCCAACUAUGGCACCUAUGCUCACGUGCACGACCAUCGGUCAGAUCCCCUGGUCCGACCACGCAGAAACAACACUAACAUUCAAUAUUCCAGGUACGACCCGACCAUGGUCAUUGUGAUUCAACCCCACCCUCCUCCACAACCCACAGAUCAGAGAAACGAUUGCCAAGACCAUAUCUGAAUACUUCACCUUAAACAAGGACUCGGUGGACUCCAAAUGUACCCUAUGGGCAGCCCACAAAGCGGUCUUAAGGGGACAAUAAUAAACCAAGCAACCAUACACAAGAAGAAACAGGUUGCCCACCUGGAACAAACAUUGAUGACACUAAAAACCCUGGAGAUCAAACUCAAACUCGACCCUACACAAGAAGUGACCGACAAAAUCAGAAAAUGCCAGGCAGACAUCAAAGAACACAUGGCAAGGGACUCAACUAGAGCCCUACUGUGGUCCAAACAACUCUUUUACGACAAGGUCACACUCCUAGCACGCAAGCUCAGACAAAGAACGGCACAAAGAUUGAUAGACAAAAUAGCCACACCAAAUGGAUCAGUCACGGAGGACCCUGACAAGAUAGCCGGGGUGUUCCAAAACUACUUCAUGACCCUGUAUGACCACGACCCUGUAUGACCACGACCCCGAUGCACGUUGGAACCCUUCGGCCACCAACGAAUGCAUUGACCACUACCUGACCCAGACCCCACUGCCCUCCCUACCCAAUGAAAUGGCACAAAAGCUAAUCGACCCAAUAACACCAGAAGAACUCGCGGCACAAUGAAAUCACUCAAACUGAACUAAAGCCCGGGCCCGGACGGCUUCACCGGCUUAUGCUACAAAACAUUCGCCCCCACACUAAUCCCCCACCUAUACAACCUAUACAAUGCCAUACUACAAGGCGACCCCCCACCGCGAGAAAUGCUACAGGCCACCGUCUGCCUCCUCCACAAACCCAACAAAACACACCUUGACUCAGGACAUUACCGGCCCAUCUCCCUACUAAAUGUGGAAAUAUAACUAUUCACCAAACUUUUGGCACAUUGGCUCUGCCCCCAUCUACCCCAACUCAUCCGCCCAGACCAAGUGGGAUUUAUCCACACGAGGCAGGCUAGUGACAACACAAGGAGAACAUACGACCUAAUAUGGUCCGCACACACGAGACACAUCUCAACCCUCCUACUCUCGCUAGACGCUGAAAAUGCCUUUGACAGAUUGCUAUGGCCCUAUCUGUUUGCAACCCUCAGAAAACUCUGAUUCCCCACUGGCUUCACAGGAGCACUACAAACACUGUACGCCACACCACAGGCCAACCUCUUACUGCCACACAUUAACAAUACACAACGGAACACGCCAGGGAUGUCCCCUAUACCGGUCCUAUUCGCCCUGUCCCUAGAACCGCUCUUACAGAACCUCAGACACAAUACCGCCAUAAAAGGCCUCAAAAUACAGGAGGGCGAAUACAAAACAGCAGCAUACACGGAUGACCUACUCAUAACAAUUACGGAACCAACAACCUCCCUACCACCACUCCUACAGGCCCUAGAAGAAUACGCUCAAAUAUCCGGAUACAAACUCAAUAUCGAUAAAACAGAGGCACUGCCCUUAAACAUAGACCCUCCUACCUUGGAGACUUUACAAAAGACGUACCCUUUUAAACUAAAUUCCACCCACAUACAAUACCUAGGACUCGCCCUACCAGCCAACCUGUCCCAAUGCUACACCCUGAAUUACACCCCUAUCAUACACAAAAUCACCCACGACAUAUCAACAUGGCAGAACAUGCCGAUAGCCUGGCUGGGCAGGCUAGCCUCGGUCAAAAUGACUAUCCUGCCCAAAAUGACUAUACCUGUUCCAAGCACUCCCAAUCCCAAUCUCCGGACCAGAUUUAAAAAAAUUACAGACUACAAUAGAAAAGUUCAUAUGGCCUAACAGACGCGCGUGGAUAAAGAGGCAAACCCUGUACGUACCCAACAGGGCAGAGGGACUGGGUCUACCUCACCUACUAUUACCAAGCAGCACAAAUAACACAAGCCCAAAAUCUGCACGCCCCAUACGGAGUCAAGCGAUGGGUGGAUCUCGAGCAUGACAUGUUCGGCAGAGACCUCCCCUCCCUUUACAUCUGGCUACCAAAGGAGGCCAGACCCCCCUCGGAUGACCCCAACACCAUCAAAAUAUGGGACAAGGUAGCGCACAAAAGCGGCCUCACAAAACCACUGUCCCCACUGCUCCGCAACACGCAAUUCACACCAGGUAUGACACCCAGAGACUUCAUACGAUAUGAAGAUAAUGACCUCGUACGCUUACACCACUUCUUCAAGGACAACCAGCUAAUACCAUUCGCAGACCUACCACAAAUGACGCCUUUCUGAAUGUUUGAUUUCUUCAGACAUAUCCAGAUCAAAAGCUAUAUUGAAAACCAGCAAUUAAACAAGCAGGUAACACAGCACUAACCCCCUUCGAGAGACAAUGCAUGCAAGCCCCAAUACAGAGGCGCCAAAUCUCCGCACUAUAUUCCCACAUAAUUCAAAACAUCAAGGACGGUGCCCUCUCAUACGUGUCUGCUUGAGAGAGGGAUCUAGGCCCAGCAAAGGACCUUCAGACUGGGUUGACAUAUGGGAGGCCACAGCUACAAUAUCCAUAUGCGUAAAUCACAAAGAACAGGCCUAUAAAACACUGAGAUGGUACCUCACCCCCCUGAAACUUAAACAGAUGGGCAGGUCAGACACAGAUACAUGCUGGGAAGAAUGCGGUCACAAGGGAACCUACCUCCACCUGUGGUGGGAGUGUUCUCCCAUAGCACAGAUCUGGCAACAGGUCGCAACAAUUGUCUCUAUGAUUCUACACGCUGACAUUCCACCCAAUCCAUAGAUCUGGCUGCUAUCAAAACCACAUGCAGACAUACCCAGAGCGCAAAACAAGCUGAUAGCCCGGAUAGCCCUAGCGGCUAGACGGGAUAUAGCCUAAAAAUGGGGUAGCCCAGAAACGCAGAUCAUGGAGGUUAUAAGGCGAAAAAUAUUAGACGCAAUAAAAAUGGAUGAAGUGUCCGCAAUGGUACAUGACACAACUAAACACUACCACAAAAUAUGGGACCCAUGGUUCUACGAAUUCCCGAUCCCUACAUAAUACGCUCAGGAACUAGCUACAAAUACAAGGCCUUUCAGGCCAUAGCAAAUACACCUUCUCCCGUCAAUUCCCCACAAAGGAAAUCUCUACUCUUUUCUUUCUUUCUUUAUUCUCCUCUUCUUCUCUCUCUCUCCCCCUCUCUUCCUCUUACCCUCCCUUUUAUUUCUUCCCUCUCCCUCCCCCCACACCUGAAACCCCCCACCACCACCGAAACGCCAUCACAGCCCACACCACGGCCUACAGCUAAACGGCACAUCUUAAACCCGCCCCUAGAGCCCCACGUCCCAAGGCAGAUGACUCACGCAAAGUUGAUAACCCGAACGACCAAGACGAAGGGAACUACACGAUCCCAACACCGCUCAAAACACACUCAGCCUCCUUCCCAGCCCAGACACACCCCACCGAAACCACGACCCAUGAGAACCGACAAAACCAUACGCACUCACACCAGCAAACCACACAACAACAUAAUAAAGACGCCCAUACAGCCUACACUAACGCCACUACGCCCACACCACCACCGCAGGCGAGGCACAGACGACAAAAAUACACCUUAGAUCGGUCCGACCACAACCCGACCUACCAGACAGAAAUACACAACAUCAUCAGGAAAAAGAAGCGGAAAUCAUCCUAUUACCCCCACUUAUUCCGAAAAGCCGUAAGACCUUAUGAUUAUACAACCCGGUUAACCCCUACCCGUUAUAAAACAAAGAAAUGUUCAAUGUUAUAUGUAUGUUGGACACGCUCCAGAUUCUGUACCUCAUGUAAGAACAAACAUGUGACCUCAUUGUUAUCAGAAAAACCAUGCAAUGUGAAUUACUGUGAACGAUGUACCAACAUGUUGUCCACCUUCUUGUUACAUUCUUUAUGCACAAAUAAAAUAAAGAAUAAAAAAAAUAAAAAAAUGUCUAGUGAAACAUUAAAUUGCAAGGUGACUAACUAAAAUGCAUAUGAUAAAAGUCUAUUUGGCCUAGUGUGGGCUCAAAUACAGUAAGCAGAAUGAGGCAUUGCUACCACAUACAGUAAGCAGAAUUAGGCAUGCAUUGUACGAUUGAAAUAGGCUGAAUUUGCGUUACUAGUCAAAUUUGCCAUAUCCGAAUGGCUGAACAAACAAACUUAUGGUUUUGUUGAAAAAAAACAACAGUUAUUGAAACCCUGGCUGGGCUUGACGUGGCAGUGCCCCCUGAGCUUCUAAUGAGGCGACUGUUUACUAGAGUGAGGUAAAACAAAUACUUGUGUGGGCCACACUAGGCAAAGACCAGCUUGUUUGGAGUUUAGGCAGUUUGUGUUGAUGACCUUUGAACUGGAAGUAGAUGGUUCUACUUCCAGUUCAAAGGUCAUCCAAUCUUAUCAGCCUGCAUCUCGUCAGACCAAUCACUGUAGGGGAGGGAGUUCCUUUUUUUUUUUUUUUUUUUAAAGGUCCAUAAGUCGCUUCCACAACUUCAGACCAAGACUUCCAAUAAAUCUCCACUAAAUGACCGCACUCCAAGGACUUGGUACAAAAAGAUAAAACUUUGCUUUUAAUUCAUAUCAUAAAAAUUACAAAUCAAUGUUUCAGCUCACAUAAGGAACUUUCAUCAGAAUGUCAAAAAAAUAAAAAUUAUCAUCCAUUUGAAAAUAUAUACCCCUUGAAUAGUGGUAGUGACUUCUACAUGGUUUUUAGAAAGUCCUCAAUAGUGGGGUAGACUCUGUAGAUAAGUUUACUUGUAGAAUGAUCCAGGGGUGAACAUUCAAGGUUAAGAGUAGGGGCAAGUAUUUCCUCGCCAUGCUCUCCAAAGCACUUGGAGAAUGAUGUCCGAAAUAUACAUGUCAAUCUGCUCAUGCUCCAAUAUUACCAAUGACCUGUAGUGGUUCAUCUUGACGAGAAUACAGACUGUCCCACUUUUGGUGGGAGCAUUUGAAAAGGUCUUCAAUUGCUUCCCCAAAGCUCUUCCCUGUCUCAAAGGGACAACGUUACCAGAAUAAUUAUAGCCUCAUGUAGUUGUUCUGGUGUAAAGAGCCUGUCCCUGCAGGCAUUUUAAUGUUAACACUGCCUUUUCAUAGGCAGUGUUUUGUGUAGCUGUGGCACAGUUUUGUUUUUGUUUUUUUUCUUUCAAUAUUGCCAUGUCUGCUUCAUGACAAUGAAGUCUUGAUGUCUGUCUCUGUUGCUGGGGUUUCCUCCUCAUUUCCAGUCAGCAUGGAAUGACGUCUUAAAAGGGGCAAGUCUUCCUCUGAAGAGGAAAGCAGGACUGCUGGAGCCAUGUUUGUGGCUGACCGCUAUGGUAUGUGGCGCAUAAAGUUGGUUAUCACUGGAAUUUUCAGUGAACUUGUGCUUCUUCAUAAGCGACCCAAGCUUGCAGGUUGCACUCCCAAGUCUGUCUGUCUGUCUUGGAAUAAAUGCUUUUGAAUAGUGUGAUAAUGUUUAAAGGAACACUAUAGGGUCAGGCACACAAAUGUGUAUUCCUGACCAUAUAGUGUUAAAAACUAUUUUAAGCUCCCCUUGCCCCCCUUAAAUAUAGUAAAAACUCCACUUGCCCCCAUUAAAUAUAGUAAAAACUCCUGUAUGAAAGCACAAGAUGGCUGAGAUUGUCAAUUUUGAGGAUCUCAGCCAAGGAGGCGGGGCAGAGGGGAAGAGCCAAACUCCACCCUGGCCAAUCAGCAACUCCUCACAGAGAUACAUUGAUAAAUGCAUCUCAAUAGGCAGGUUUGGAGAUGCUGAACAUCAGUGCUGUACAGUGCGCAACAUUGACCCAGGAAGCACCUCUAGUGGCCACUAGAGGUGUUCCUAGGCUGUAAUGUAAACAUUGCCUUCUUGCUUUUACAGCAAAAGGCCUGCAUGGAAUAACUAUACUCACCAGAACAUCUACAAUAGCCUGUAAUUGUUUUGGUGAACUAUAGUGUUACUUUAUCCAUGAUAAGACCCUGGUGAGUAUGGGGUCCAUAUCCCUCUAGCUCUAUAGCCACUCCAUGUUUGUUAGAAUUUGUGCUGCUAUGGCAGGCUCACCUUUUUCAUGAAAUGUAAUGACACAAGGUGUUCUCCAUGUGCAGCAGUCCAGGUGCCGAUUAUCUACAAAGUAAAAUGUUUACAGCAGCAAGGCUUAAGCAAAGGAAAGGCUGCGUGACUAGUUAAUCGAAAAAAGGUUGUGUGAAAGAUUAGCUGGUUCAUGCAAUUUCGCAAAAACUAAAAACAGAAAGUGUACAAAAGUAAGGCAGGGAGAAAUCAUGGAAACGCUUCACACUUAAAUCAUCACUGUGUAGAAGGACUAAUGCCUAUGGGUUCCUUUUGACUAAUGCAACUGUGUGGGUCAUAAUUAUACAGAAAUAUGUAAUUGCAUUUAGUAUCUGUUUUAAAAUGAACAGGUGCCACUUCUAGCUUGUUUAUUUUGCCAUUUGCUUCUAGAAAACUAAUUGGGAUGAUUUGGCUGCAAAAAAAGUUCCUUCGCCGUUCAGACCAGUAAUUAAGGAUGAAUUGGAUGUUCGGAAUUUUGCUGAGGAGUUUACGGAGAUGGACCCCACAUAUUCUCCUGCUGCUAUACCAAUGAAUGCGGAUAGGAUAUUUCAGGUAAUGACUGAUCAGACGAUAUUGUUCUGAGCUUGCUUUUAAUUCUGCAAUAAGCUACCUAUUCACUCCAGUGAUUUAAAGUCUAUCUGGAUGAUUGUGUAAUUGUCCACCAUCAAUGGUAAUCUAUCGAUGAUGUGAUAAAUAGAGAUGUCGCGAACGUCCCGCGAACGACUCGCCGCGGUUUGCCGCGAACCGUUCGCGGCGAGCUCCGGUUAGCUGACACAUCCCGCCCAAUCUCCAGCAGACCCUCCCUCCCAGACCCUCCCACCUCCUGGACAGCAUCCAUGUUGAAGCUGCCUUCAACAUGGAUGCUGUCCAGGAGGUGGGAGGGUCUGGGAGGGAGGGUCUGCUGGAGAUUGGCCGGGAUGUGUCAGCUGACCGGAGCUCGCCGCGAACGGUUCGCGGCAAACCGCGGCGAGCCGUUCGCGAAAGGUUCGCGACAUCUCUAGUGAUAAAUAGGACCACUGGCUUAGUGUUUCCAGCUUCCACGUAGCAGUUCUGGUAAAAAGAACCUUCACCAACCCAUGUUUGGGAAAUUAAUCUCCUUUCUUUGUAUCUAUUUAUCUAUUCACACAUCGUGUUAAUUUAAACGGAUCCUAUAGUGCCAGGUAAACAAAGCCAUUUUCCUGGCACUAUAGGGUUAAUAUUCUCCCCCUUCCUCUGGGCUGAAGGGGUUAAAAACACUUCAGUAACUUACCUGAAUCCAGCAUGGAUGUCCCUUGGCGAUGGGUCAGGCUCUGCCCACACUCCUCCCCGCCAACGUCCGCAAUGGCGGCGUGCGAACUAGACCUCCCCAUAGGAAAGGAUUAUUCAAUGCUUUCCUAUGGGAUAAAUCUGAUGCUGGAGGUCUGUGAGGACCGAUAAUGGACCAGAAGUCAGUUUGGAUUCCGGAAGCCCUCUAGUGGCUGUCUGGUUUUACAUUGCAGCACUAGGUGCAAAAGGGUCCAGACCACUUAAAUUUUCUGAAAUGGUCUUGGUGCGUACAAUUUAAAUAUAGUGAGUGCAAAACCCUAAAAAGUGCUUUAGCACAUAGGUUUGAAAUGGCUUAGUUGUUAAGGGGCUAGAGGGAGGGCAGUUCAGGCUGUGGACCACCCCUGUUUAUACAUAUUAAAAAAAAAAAAAAAAAAGAAUCACCCCAGUUUUUAAUCUUUUAGAUGUGAGCACAGACCAGGAAGUGUCUGAAACCCUGUAUUCAGUUCUGGCCCUCUGAUUGUUGAUGUUUAUUGCAGGGGGUAACCAGGAAGUAAAUCCACAGCUGUCCUUAAUCGGUUUUGUACAGGUAAAGCGUCAUAGGAGUUGUAAUUCAGCAAUAGCUGGGGAUCUACCUUUUGGCCACCCCAGGUUUGUGAGUUCUAUUGUUUAGCACCUUACAGUGAUUUCAUUCAUGCAAGGAUUAAAACUGCUGCACAAAUAAUCAACCCAUUCCUCUCAGAGAUGGUGGGGACGUCUAUGGCAUGGUGUGGGCACAUACCUUACAAUUACUUUUAUGGCCAGGAGGAAGCUUUCUUUUAGGAAAGGUUGAGACAGCAAUUUUUGCAAAUCCCUGCAAUUACAUGUUACAAUGUAAAGAGGAAAUGUCCUUGCACCAUGACCUUUUGUAGGAGACAUUGGUGGUGAUGGAGCUUGGAUUGAACCUUUUAAUUACCUUGAUCUACAUCCAUGUAUUCUUGUAGGGUUUUUGUUUUGGUGGGUAAGAUAGUGUGUCUUGUUUUGCAGACAGGAUAGCAAUGCAGUGAAUUCCGCUGGAGGUCUGUUCUGUCUGCUGUUGUCUGUUUAAUGACUCCCCACGCAGUGUAAAUAGAUAUUCCAGCUCUAAUCCUCACACCCAGUCUUUUGGAUGGGGGUGGCAUGGAUUAAUCCUGAUAACUAGUUUAACUGAUUUCUAGACAAACUAGCCUACACUGCAGGUCGUGUUGACCUGAAGAAUUGCUACACAAUCAGUUCCUAUCCCUGUUUAUCCUUUCCUGAUACUGAAGCAGAGUGAGCAGCAUGUUUUUUUUGUUUGUUUUGACUAAAAGCCAUGAAUCCACUGCAGUCCUAUUCUUUAAGGUCAUACAAUCUUAGCGUGAGUUAGCCAGGAGGUCCUUGGAGCUUGCUCACCUUUUAGGGGUUAAACUGUUAAAAAAUGAUUUAACCACAAAGUCUGUGUCCCAGCGCUGGAUCACUGUGCCCAUUUUGUCCUUCCACUUUCUGAAAUUCUACAGGCUGAGGCAGAGGUGCAGCUGAAGAGCAUAAGCUGACUGUCAGCAUAGCGAUUUGGUGCUGGAACACAGACUUUUGGGUUAAACAGUUUGUGAACUUUUUACCCCUAAAGGUGAGCCAAGGAUCUCCAGGCACUAUAACAGCGUUUAGUUUUAUGAAGUUAUUAUUGUGCUUGGAGUAUUCCUUUACAUCUAACUUUGCUGAUGACAGCAGAUGACAAAUCAUUUUUACUAAACAUGUAUCUGAAAUCUUCUUCACAUAUUUGUCAUUCCAUUUGUAAUUUGUCGGAAACAUUCUAAAUGUGCUUAUUUAUUUAUUCAGGGCUAUUCCUUUGUCGCACCCUCGAUAUUGUUUAAGCGAAAUGCUGCCAUAGCUGACCCGGUGCAGUAUCUCGGAAUUGAGCGUCCUGGAGUUACAACUAUUGCAAGGAGCGCUAUGAUGAAGGUUUUUAUUAGAUCUAUAUAGUAGGAGACUAUUAAAAUAAAAGUUUUCUUAUGUUUAAAUAAGGUGAGGGUUGAUGAAACUGUAGCUCGUUCUAACUAUCCUUUCAGCACUGUAGCCAAUAAUGGAACCGUUUCACUCUCGGCUGCAGCCCUUAAAUGAAAACACACCUAAUUAAAAACGGAACCACCUUUCUUACUCUGAUUUGUUUGGAAGGCAAUAAAUAAUAUAUAUGUUUGGUAAGUUAGGGGUUCAUACAUUUCUAAGCCCCCCACUACUAGACCUUGGGAUGUCCAUUCUCCUGCAUCCAUGUAUUUGCAGUGCCUGCUUAUUUGCAUGGUAAAAAUAAAGCAGUACACAGAAACCUCUCAUUGGUUUCUGUGCUCAUUGCUUCAGUUUUAGAAAUUUGCUGCACCUUAUUAAUGCCUCUAGGUUAACCAUCAUCUCAAGACUACCUUGAUUUCAGGGGAUUCCCCUCAAACUCGCCCCAGGGGGCUUAAUGUGGCAUUAAAAAGCUCCACUAUGCUUAAUGCUCCCAAUAGGUUUCAACACAACUUGGAUACAGUUGUUGUUGUUUGUAAUGGGUGAGAGGGGGGACUAUCCCAUAAACAUCUGCUGUAGCUUAUAUCUAACAUAUUUUAACUGUAUAGUUUCCCAUGUCGCACCCUUUAAUGCUACUAUUGUGGUUCUGUUUUUUUUUUUUUUUUUUAACUCCAGCUUUUCUUCUGAUACAAACAUUCCAGGGUUCUUUCUCUUCUGAAUUACAUGUCGUACAUUUCCCGACAGGACUCCCUGUUUUAUCAGCAUUAUGAACUGGAUUUAAAAGAAAAGCCUCUGGGUGAAGGAAGUUUCUCGAUCUGUAGAAAAUGUUUACACAAAAAAACAAACCAGGAGUACGCAGUGAAAAUCAUCAGCAAACGGUAUGUUUUCUUUGGUGAACAGAAUUCAUUCAAGUAAGGUUUCGAAUUCCAUGUCAGCGUUCCAGUUGCACACUUUUUAGCCAAGUGCACUGGUAUAAUUCUGGCCAUCAGGAAUACAAAACCGUUUCUUUAGAACAUCUGUUUGUUUGUUUGUGGUUUUUUUUUGCUUAAAGGGUUUCUUAAAGCAUCAUAACCACUACAGCACACUUUACAAUGCCAGGAGUGCCGUCUUACCUGGUCCUGCCAGGCAGCUGGUCUCCUUUAAGGCUGUCUGUAACGUGCAUCUGGUUUCUGCAGUGCCGCAUGCCGGUCCUGCCCAGCCAUUGGCUUAGAGCACUAACUGACUGCUCUCAGCCUAUUGAUACAAUUCUGUGCUAGGAACGUGCACAGAAUUGACAUUCGGGUUGGCUAAUGAUUCCACAAUGAUGCUGCCAGAGAGUUACAGCUCAUUAGAAAGAUUAGUCUCCGUAUGUGCAACGUUUCAUAGAGAAACUCCCCACAUACAGACUCAAGCACUUACCACUUCAUAUCACUGAUUUGGUCAUAGUGCUUGGAGUAACCCUUUAUUGACUAAUUUAAAUGAUAUUUUAGUGUCUGUUUCUAAACCUACCUGACCCCUUAAAUGCAAGUUGCAUUUAGUGGUCCUUUAACUACAAUGAUAAGAUAAAAAGCUCCUUCUGAAAGCACCUUAACUUCUUAGAUUAUAAAGUAUGAUCCAGUAUUUACAGUCCAAGAAUUAGGAAUUCGGGUUACAAGUUCAGGCAACUGGUCAGGCUAUAGUUGGGCAUUUGUUAUACAAGAUGAUUUGGAUUACCGUUUACAUUGGAGACUAAAUAAAAAUAGUGCUGCUGUGAGUACCUGUUUUGAAAGUUUCCUGGUUAACGAGCAUGCACACAAGUUAAAAAAACAAUUAGUCUAAAGUAUGUUUUCAUUUAUUUUUUUGACUUUGUAUUACAUGUAUUUACAUUGCUGUUUUAUUUAGAAUGGAGAGCAACACACAGAGAGAGAUUGCUGCAUUAAAGCUCUGUGAAGGCCACCCCAAUAUUGUGAAGUUAUAUGAUGUCUACCAUGAUCAGGUACUUGAGACCUAUCUGGUGCUUUCUACUUUCUUUUAAUACAUGCUUGACUUUUAGGUGAUUGUAUGCAACACUAGUAGCAAUAUCCUACUUGUUAAAGGGGUUUAAGAAUAACUACAGAUUGUGACAUUUGUUCUGGUGAGUAUGAUCAUUUCCUUCAGGCUUUUUGCAGAGAAAAUGCAGUGUUUACAUUACAGCCUAGGGAUACCUCCAGUGGUCCCUCCUCAGAUGGCUACUAGAGGUGCUUCUUGGGGCAGUGUAGCACUGACAUUCAAUGUCUCCACCUUCUGCAUGGAGACACUGAACUUUCCUUGUAGAGAUGCAUUAAUUCAAUGCCUCUCUUUGAGGAGAUGCUGAUAGGCCCGUGCUGUGUUGCUGGCUCUGCCCCUUAUCUGCCUCCUUGACCGUUUCAUCCAAUCCAAUGCUUUCCUCUGGAAAAGCGUUGUGAUUGGCUUUGAUCAACACUUUGAUGAUGUCAGCCAAGCAGGCAGAUUGGGGGCAAAGCCAGCAGCAGUUUGGAAUAAAGGUAAAAUUGUACAAUAUUUAGGGGGCAAAGGAGCUAGAUGGUGUUUUUAACACUAUAGGUUACGUAAUACAUGUUUGUGUUCCUGAUCCUAUAGUGUUCCUUUGAAUAAAUAAAAUCUAGCAAGGACUCUUCUUACAGCAAAACAUUCCCAUAGCAGCUAAUGUGUCUGUUGGUGUUCAUAUACGCAGUACAUGUAUGUCGAGAUAUUUCCUGUUAAACACAGGCUCUGUGUUGUUAAUCCUAAAAAUUGUCCAGUGGGGCUAGUGAAGGUUUUUAACAGGGGAUAAAGCUCUAAGAACAAACCUCUUGUUCUUUAGAACAGUCAAUGAGUUGCAAACUAACACUAUUGUUGCCAAAAACAUUUUGCAUUUCUUUGGCUGUUUUUUCCUGCAUGAUAGAAAGCUGUCUCAGUGUUUCAUGUUUUGCAAAUGUGACAUGGUGGCACUGUGUAGAGCACAAUGUUUCAUAUAUACCACAGACUAUCCAACUAGUUAGCAUGUUAACAUAUAGAAUUCUGUAGUCAUGCUAAGUAACUUUCAUAGUUGCAAAGGUGAUGGUGACAGAGCACCCAGCGCUCAGAGUGGUGUUGAAUUAAAGGAACGUGUAACUAUAUGUGCUGCUCUAAACUUGCUCCAUGUUUUGGGGGAAGGUGACUACAAGUAUUAGUCUCAACAUUUAAUCUUAAAAAAAAAAAAAAAAAAAAUCUCAAAUAGAUAGUUAAUAAAACUGUAACUUGUGAGUUAGUUACACUACUGUUUUAACCUGAUGUAUUAGCUGGUUUGUGGGGUACAGUAGAGGUAAGCAUAAAACACACAUAACACCUGCAUUUUCUUGAGAUUGGCCCUGACUUUUUCCACAAAGCACUGUACACUAUGUGCCCUGGGUGCUAGACGUAUUUUUUUUCUGCAAUGCCCUACAUUAAAUUAAUUACCGGUAAAAUGUAUUUUUUGACUUGGUUGUUAGGUUGUGUUGACCAUUAAAAGCAAAGCAACUCUUUAAAAUAUAAUAUAAAUAAAAAAUAAAGGCCAUUAGAAGUUUAAUGUUGCCCUUGAAGGACAAAAUUGUUUAAAAAAAAAAAAAAAUAAGAAUAUUGUUUACACAUACUUGCCCUCUACUCUUGAUACAGUAAAAUUCACGUGAUUUACAUGUAUGUUGCAUGUAUUAACAAAGUUUUAUUUGCUAAUUUGGCAGCUUCAUACAUUCCUAGUGAUGGAACUGCUGAAAGGAGGAGAGCUGUUUGAACGCAUCAAGAAAAAGAAGCUUUUUAGUGAGUCAGAAGCCAGCCACAUAAUGCGCAGGCUGGUGUCGGCAGUUAGCCAUAUGCAUGAUGUUGGAGUGGUUCAUAGAGAUCUGAAGGCAGAGGUAUUUUAAAAGUUAUUUUAAAUGGUUAAAUCUUCCCACAAUUGUUUAUCAAAUUGAUGCUGAUGGUUGUGUUGUUAAUUUUGUUUUUAUUGAAAUGGUUUUUCAGUUAUUUUAGUUUUUUUGUUUGUCAGAAAAAGUGCUUUAACAUUGGCAAAAGAGGUUGGUACACGCAGGUAACUGUAAAAGUCAAACAAAACUUUAAACUGGUUAGAAUCGUGAGUCAUAACGAAUGCAGGAAGAGUCAUGAGUGGUGUGGCGGGUUUGCCUAAACUGUGAAUUGCCUUGCUUCUUUUGCAUAUGGAUGUGCCUUCUAGGAUGUGUGUUUCCCCUCUUCUCUAUCCCCCUUUCUAUAAUUUUGCAUAAAAAAUCCUGCACUACACCUUGUGACCAACCAGGGGCGCUCCAGCGCACGUAGCCCCGUGCGCCGGACCACCCCAGCACCUCAGUUAGAACGUUUACUUAGAAUGUUCACACCAUGCUAACGAGGUGUAUAAACCGUAAGGGAACAAGCGCUGUGUGCUUCCUUUGGGGGGCUGCCGGUUCGUAUUGCCAAACGCCCACCAGGGGGAGGAUUCGUCUCCCGAACAGUGCCGGACCACCAUGAUACUCCAAUUAGAACGUUCACACCUCACUUACUAGGUGUGAAAACCUCAGAUUGCAGGGGAAUGAGCAGCUCGUGCCGCCCCUGUGUGGCCGCCAGUUCGUAUUGCCAAACGCCCACCAGAGGAAACAUUUGUCUCCCGAACGGCGUGUGUACGCUGACUUUCAUCCCGGUGUUAGGGAUCACCCUCCCCGCUCCCAACGGAGCUAUAAUCACUUCUCCCUUCCCUGGUUCUACUCGUCCUUCAUCCCGCUCCCUCACCUGGGAACUACGAGGUUACGCUCGUGGCUGCCCAGGAGAGAGACGCGCAUCCGCCCAGCAGGUCCCUGGUGCUGCGAGUCAGCCUUGCGACUGCUGGGCUCCCACUGGCCGCAUGAAAGUCCGUACUGACCAAUGGGAGAGGGAGCACCCAUUCAAACUGGGUUCGCGCCACUCUCCUGGUUGGCCGGCACGGGCAAAGUGCUGAUUGGUCGCCGCAUGGAGCGAGCGACCAAUCCGAGUAGGAGCGCUCAUUCAAACAGGGUUUCGCACCCUUCCAUCUGAUUGGGCGGCGAGGCCCUCCCGUCCUAGGGCGCUGAUUGGCGCAAAUACGUUUCCCGCCUUUCAGCAGAUUGGUGACAUCAGGUUUCGCGCCCUAUCUUCUGAUUGGGCCGCGAAACCCCCAUCCUCCUCAAGCAUGGAUUGGUGCAGCCGAGUCUCUUCGGAUUGGGCGGCGAAACUCCUUCCUCCCCCUAGCGCUGAUUGGCGCGAUUUUGUUCGCGCCAGUUCGGCUGCUUGGUUUAGGCGCGAAGUUUGAAUUCACUGGACUAAACCAAGCAACCCCAUGGAACUUAUUCCGGGGAUGUACCAGAGCAUUGAGCCCCAGACUUCCGACGCUGAUAUCUCUGGCUCUGUACAUCCGAUCACCCCAUCACUUUUUUGCAGGGGUCCCAGAUGGGACCCAGGGUUAUUCCCACAUAUAAAGUCUAACCCUGUACCACCUUCCCAUCCCGGGGCGCCGAGCCCCAAAGUUCACCCCCCUGUAUGUGAAGUGUACUCAUGCGUGUCCCUGUGUCCUGUUAGUAUCUUCCAGAGCAGGAGAUGGUUAUCAGUUCCCCAGCCCCCAUCUGUAUGUGUGUGUGUGUGCGCUGUGCUGGAUGGAGACCCCCUGCUGGGUCUGUGCAUAAAAAUCUGUGUGACCAAUAAACAAUGUCAAACGUUGUAUCCUGGAACUGUGUCCCGUCGUGUUACUGGGGAAAUGGGUUCUGACCUACUCAAACCAAAGGGGAUAACCAGCCAGGUUACCCAGGUCCCGCUACAAGUGGUAAAGUCUAACAGGUGCGAACAAAUAUACAUUUAUAUAAUAUUACAAGGAUCAGAGGGCCCAUUUCGAACCGAGCAGAAUUGUAGAAUUCCCAGCUAACAACAACAGCCCUCUGGGAGUUGGUUUAGGCAAGUGGCAUUCACGGAGCCAAACAAAAAAAGGCAACAACUAAGAUGGGAGGGCAGGCCACAAACCUGUUGAACCAACCCCAGUUAUACUGUGUCCCUGGAGCAAGGGGGAUAAGGUCCAAGCCAGGAGAAAUAGGGAUGAAGAGAAAAAAAAAAUGAUUUGGGGGAGGGAGGGGGUGCAUGAACCACAUGCCACAAAAUGCCUAUCCACCAGAGACAAACAAAGCGAGAGGGAACACCGUAAUCUAUAAUGGUUUGAUUUUUAUUAAAACUAUAGUAUUUCCUUAUUGCUAAAUUAUGUGUUUUUGUAUGCGGUUUAUCUGUUUUAUUUUAAAUAGAAUUUUAAUCUAAUCUAAUGUUUUAUAUUUUUGUUUUUAGAAUUUCCUUUUUACAGAUGAAAGUGACAACUCUGAAAUAAAAAUCAUAGAUUUUGGAUUUGCACGAUUAAAACCUUCAGAUAACCAGCCCCUUAAAACGCCAUGCUUCACCCUUCAUUACGCUGCUCCUGAGCUCUUAAAUGACAAUGGCUACGAUGAAUCAUGUGAUUUGUGGAGCCUGGGAGUUAUCUUGGUAAGUUUACUUUUCUUACUAAAUGAUAAAACAUGUAUGUAAUUGUUUUUCGUCACUCACGUUAACCAAAGCAAAAUAAGUACACUGUAAUCCCGGAAAAACUGAAGCCAUCUGUGUAAUGUUGGCGCGUUUAAUCUACAACAUGGAAUUAUAGCUCAGAAGGGUAACUUUUAUUUAAGAAAAAAAAAAAAAGAAGAAUAAAUGAAAGUAAUAUUAAAGAUCAAUUAUUAUUAAAAAUAAAUAAAUAUAAAUAUAUAUAUAUAAUAUAUCUCAUGACAUUUUACUUAUUAAUGUUGUAUAUGCUUUUUUUUUCCCCCUCUACAAAUGAUUGUCAUAAUUUUUAAAUGCCAAACACACAAAUACAAAUUUAAGUCUGCUUUCCUUUUGGGUAAUAUUUUCUUACAUACCAUGCAGGGAUCUUUAGCGAAUAUUUUUAUUUUUUUUAAUGGGUAUUACCUGUAUUAAGCCAAAGAGCUCUUAUGGUGUCUUAUUUCCCCUGCUAGUAUACUAUGCUAUCCGGGCAGGUUCCUUUCCAGUGCCACGACAAGACCUUGACCUAUUCUAGUGCAGAGGAUAUAAUGAGGAAAAUAAAGCAAGGGGACUUCUCCUUUGAAGGCGAAGCAUGGAAAAAUGUAUCUCAGGAGGCCAAAGAUUUAAUCAAAGGUAUGGAUCUGCUUUGAGUGGAUAACCUCUUUUUAUUGUUGGCAUUUACUCUGAAGAACAAUAGGUUGUAUGUGAAGAAGCUGAACGGUUUGGUGGACAUCUCUAGUUUUCGUACUAGAAAGUAGGCCAGACAUAUUUACAGAAGUUGGCCCUCAUGGCAAUAUAGCUGUUGUUGGAGUUCCAGCUUUCAAUCAUAGGUUCGACAAUGAUAUAUCUAAUGUAGGGGUUACUGCUCUCACAGAGAGCAUUGAGAACAUACUGCUGAUGUAGGGGUUACGGCUUUCAUUCCUAAGCUUGGUAAUAAAGGUGAUGAAGAGUUAGUGCUAUCAUGCAUGACUUGAUAACUAUCUAGUUCAUGUAAGGGUUACUUCAUUCAGAUAAACGUUUGAGGACAAUAUAGAUACUGUAAGGGUUACUGCUGUGAUUUUCAUUUCAUAAUUUGAUUUUCUUUUGACUCAGGGCUUCUCACUGUAGAUCCAAAUAAAAGAAUCAAGAUGUCCACAUUAAGAUACAAUGAAUGGCUCCAGGACGGAAGCCAGCUUUCUUCCAACCCCUUAAUGACUCCAGAUGUCCUUGGUUCUGCAGGCGCCAUUGUACACAGUCAUGUGAAAGCCACAUUUCAUGUAAGAUUUUCUUUUUUUUAAAGUAUCUUUCUGCAUUCACAUGUGUAUUGUUAUAUGCAGUAAUACCUUGUGAUAAUCAUGAGGCUUCUGUUAAAGUUGGAAGCUUUGUGUUGAAAUUGAUUUAAUCUUCAGUGAAGAGGAAAUUGUCACAUUAUAUUGUACUAGUGUUAAUUUGUUUUUGAGUUGUCCCCAAUACUGAAGAUAGAGGCUUUGUUUGUGUACUGAUAGGGGUAAGUAUGGCUACUAGUUGGAUGAUUGGUACUCAUAGUGCCUAUUUCUACGGACUUUUUUCAAAUCUAUGCCUACUUUUAUUUUAUCUAUAUCUCUAUUGAAAUGUAUUUGAAUUCACAAAACAUAUAAUUUAAAACAAUACAUGUAAAUUAGUUUUUCACUAGUGUAAGAAUGGGGACAAUGCUACUCUCUGUACAGUAAUAAAAAGAAACCCACACGCAAACUUUUAGAAAUGAAAAACUGUUUAUCUUCCGCAGGCCUUUAAUAAGUACAAGCGAGAGGGGUUUCUUCUCCAGAAUGUGGACAAAGCUCCUCUGGCGAAACGACGCAAGAUGAAGAAGACCAGUACUAGCACAGAGACACGCAGCAGCUCCAGCGAGAGCUCACACUCAUCGUCUUCCCACUCUCACGGUAAAACGUCGCCUUCAAAGACUCUACACCUGGCUAAUCCCACCGAGAGCAAUAACCCAGACACCAUGUUCCAGUUCACUGACUAACUGAGCUGGAAGACCAGCAUUUCUAACCAAACUACAACGGUAGCCAGAUCAGCACAUUGGAUUACACGGUCCCCAUCGGUGUGCUUCUAACACCUUCAUUUACCUUCGGUGCUGCAGGCAUUUGGCAGGGAAGCAACAAUCCGACAUUGGCCACAACUGGCAGUCAGUCUGAUGGGGACCGCAGCCCUCCAGAUAUGGCUGGCUGUGCAUGUUUGGAGAUGCAGUCCUCAGCUGCCAGAGGUGUCCUAUACAAGUUACUCUGUUAACUGCGAUUCCAGUAAUUAAUCCCUUCCCUAUUCUCUUUGCCAGUCUGGCAGGGGGAGGUUAAAGGCCUUGAUCUGUAAGGGCUGCUGUGACCAAUCGCAUGUCUUGCCUUGUUUAACCCCUUUUUUGCAAUGCAGAGGUUAAUAUGGCAUGCACCUAGCUGUGUGUCACACAUUUUGAUGGACAUGCUGUAUUUGGCUGUCCAAUGCUACAGUAUUACCUACUGUAAAUGGCAGCAAUGUCUUAUUUAUAGCUUCUCUGCUCUGCUCUUAAACACCUGUUUUGCAUAGUUCUGCAUUUCAUGUAAAUAUGACCUCCAGAAAUGGGUGCAAUGCUUGGAAGUAACCUUAUGUCAAUGCAUUAAUUUGUAGGAUAUUUCCGUUGUUUUACAAGAACUGAGCAAAAAUUUGCUUUAUCUAUACAAUUUGGUACAUAAAUUUACUAAAUGGAAUCUGUCUUUUUGGAUGCCACUAUUGAGGUGCAUACCUCAUUUGCACUCCUUUGAAGUGAGCCUGUUCAGGUAGCUUCAGACGAAUGUCAGAGUGAUUAUCUGUUUGGAAAAUAUGAAAUUCUCAGCAUCAGAAGGCAUGAUAUGUGUGCGAGGAGCUGAUUCAAAUUUCCAAUAGUGGUGGCAUUCAGCAGCGAGGUAAUAGGACAGUUGUAUUAUGGGCCUAAUAAACAUCCUGCUAUUGUGAUUGUGUGGAGUGAGAAGUUCACACUUAUUUUAUUGGGGAUUUUUCUUGGGUGUUCCCUAGAAAAAGGGUGGACAAAAAACAGAAAGGUAAGACAGGGGUCUCAAACAUGACUGUCCUUCUGGAUCUGAGACAUUUUGGUAGAUUUUAACAUUUAGACCUUUUUUCCCCAAAUUGUAAUGGAAUCAAAAAGUGACAUAUCCUGUUCCAUUUUAUUGUCCAAACUGUGCACAUGAAACCCCAUUUUAUACUCACACUUUUGUGGUUUUAAUGUUAUUACAAACUUGCACUGUGAGUUCCAGAUCUUUUGAUUACCUACUUUAAUUCCUAGGCAAAAAAUAAGGAACCUUUCUUACCAAGCUCUGGAUAACUAUGCUUUUGUUGUGUAAAUAAUACACGGAGGGUAUUUUUAUGUUGUGUAAUCAGAAAAAAAGGGAUGUUUGUAACACAGCCUUAUUGCACAUUUCUUUAUAUUUUAUAAAGCAGGAGUUUCACUGUCGGCUUAUAGAGGUCCAAUUUAAAAACCCAAAGUAACUGGCUAAACGUCAUGACACUUAAUCCCACCAGUGAUAUUACAGUGAACGUUAAGCACAUGUGAGCUUAAGCACAUGACGUCUAAUUUUAAACUGGUGAUGCCAUAUUCCAUAGGAUAAACUUUAACUUUGCCUCUGUCUCUGGAAUGCAUUUUUACAAAACAAGACUUGCUCUUAAAAUGCACCUGUCACACAAAAGAAAGCAUUGUGACUCUGUGUAGAUGCUAAAAUGUUAUCUACAUAUUGUGCUAGCCAAAUUGCUGGCAAGUGAAUGUUUUUGUAGUUGCAGCCUGCAGCGUAUGUCUCUGUACUAUUAGAAUAGAGAUGGCAAUGUAUAUGAGAGUAGAGCCUUUUGUGUUCCCACUUUGGAAUUUAGCCAAGUGCAUUGUGGGGGAAAUGCCAACACAGAUGUGCAUGUACCUGCAAACAUCAAAGGAAUAUAAUGUUUAACCCAUACAUUUGAUCUCUAUUUCACAAAAGCAGUGUAUAGAGUAAAUGUUAUUAUUUACCAGCAGCUAGUCCUAUGUCAUGUGAGAUAACGAAACUAAACCCAUGUUUUUGCAUACAAAACACACCUAGUUUCACUUAAGUAAACACAGCCAGCACAAUCUACUCCUAAUCAUAGUGUAUACUGCCAGCCACAGACUGGCCAGUGUGCCAGUUUACCCAGUAUUUUUAUUUGUUUGUGUUGUGCUGCUCUAUACGUGUGAUAAUAAUGCUGCCUUUUAUAUUAAGAUCUAUAAUUCUGACUGCCAACAUUGAGUAAUGAUCUCUGCAAACAGCGCAAAUUUAAUGUGUAGCCAGUGCAGAGCUAUCGUGGGUUCUAGUUUUGAAUCCUAAUGCUGAAAUUAUUUUAUUUUUGUAAGAAGUUUAACAUUUCUGCUGCCAGAAUGGUGCUUUGCAAAUAUGAUGCUCAGCUUUUUGGCACUUAAAGAGUUCUAAAUCUCUGUAAUUUAUAAGCUGGGGUCUCCAUGCCUUGAUUGAACAGAAGAUAUUAGAAAUAUAUGUGCAGUUUAUUGUAUAGAAAUUGGCAGGUGUUGAGGACCACAUUUCCCAGCAGCCUUGGUUUUUCACAAAGUUUUUUUUUGCAGUCUAGCUUUAACCAGAUAGUUAAUUGCUUAGCAAUAGACAACAUGUCUUGUGAAAAAACAAAAGUGUAUGACUGCCUAUAAUUUUUAGAAUUGGUGUUUGAGAAAACCUGAUGGAAACACAAGAUUAAUAUAUAAUUGCAAUAAAAUAGUAUAUAUUGUAUACAUAAAUCUGCAGAAAAUGUAAACAGUUUUGACAGAUUUUUAAAUAUUUUUUCUAAUCUAAUUUAAAAAAACAAAAAAGAAAAUGCCCCAUGAACUCAAUGUGCACAUCUACCUGCUCUGUCCUGCAGCAAGUGGAAAGCGAACGUGGACAUGUUAAUGAGUUCAGAUGCCUUUCAAACCACUGUAUACUAAUGAGCUCAUUCAACAAAAUAUGGAACUAACUUUGAAUCAUUGAAUGCUGCUAUAGGACAUGCCCCCAAAACUGCAUUUUAAGCUCAGGCAGGUAAUCAGCCUCUAAAAAUUUCUUAUUCUGACCAUAUGAACUGUGUGCUUACAACACAUUUGGACUUUUCUAUGUUUUUACAGCCCCUUGAAGGUAACCUGCCUCUUAAAGGGACACUUCACACACCAAUGCAACUUUAAAGCAUUUGAGAGGUUUUUGACCUCCUUAAUAUGUAGGUUUUUUUUCAGGGAGGGAGGUAGUCUACUUGCAUUCGGACCACCUGGUGGCACUCGCUGUUUCUGAGGUUUUAAAAAUAAAAAAAGUUUUUGUCAGAAUAUUUAAUAAGUUACCAGCUUUGGCAACAACUGAAAGGAACAAUGUGUAUAAUAUUAUACUAUUUUUCUGGAGAAUAUGUUGUUUAAAUGAAAGCUGUAAAAAGGUAUAGCAAUACAAGACUAUGGGAGAGAUUUCUUGUGAGGACUACUUUUGCAUUGUUCAUGAUUUAGACAGGGUGCUAUUUUACCUUGCAGUCGCUGCACGUGAUGUUAUGCCUUUCUCCCCCGUCACUCUUUUUGUCGUUAUUAGAUAUGUUGUAUUGUAACAGACCUCUGAAACAUGGCGUAGAAAAAAUCCACAUGACUUGUUCCUCUGUCCUCCUUGCACACACACUUUUAUACAUUUGUACAUUUAAAAAAAAAAAAAAAUAGAAUUUCCUGUAUUGGAAAUUUUAACGCUUUAAGACAAGUUAUUCAUAUUUCAUAUUGAAUAAAUUAUUUUUAUAUUUGAAUAUGCAAUGGCAUGAACGAGAACCUUGGGAGAAAAAUAUUGAAAUGGCUAAUGUUACAAUUUUGCUGUAGGUUAGUGUCAUUGUAGAAUUCUGCAAUCUUUAUUAUUGAAUGGUAUUAUAAUUGUGCUCCUUAUGUUUUUUGUUUUUUUUCUGGAGCUGAUUUAAUUCUAACUGUUGUCGUAGAGUAUAAGGAGAGGGGCGCUUAACUGGCCAUGCAAACCGACUUCUUACAAGCUGUGAUAAAGUCUUUAUAUGUUUAAAACCAUUGAGAAGAAAACAGUGGUUAUGUAUAAAAAGUGUUCUGUAUCCCCUCCUGAAAAUAAUUGUAAUCUGUUUUAUUAAUGUGCUAGUACGAUUUGUUAAUGAUUUAUUUGGGCUCCUUGUGAAAGUUCUAUUUUAAACUACAACAACCCCAUUUAAAAAAAAAAAUUAUUAAAUAUCCUGUGCAAAUUCUCCUAAUCAGAUUUUUCUAAAAAUAAAAGCUGCAUUUAUUAAAUUUUUACAUUGAACAUAUUACUCUGAAAGAAUAUUUGUAUCGACCGAUUAUAUACUGUUAAUCAAAUGACAAGUUUCCCAAAUGGACCACAAAUCCAUUCAUGUUUGAUGAUCGUUGUCCCAUUAAUAAUUUAAGGCUUAAGAUUUUAUUUUUAUUUAUUUUUUCAUCGCUAGUGUUGAGUGUUGAUAAGUGGAGGCCAUUAAAAUUUAAAAAUUCUAGCAUGUAUCAUGUUCGAUUAUUCAUUUACUUAAUCUUGCUAUGUAAAAUAAUCUUUUAUUCUUGCGUAAUUUCUGAAAUUCCAUGGGCCAGCAUCAUAUGAAGCUAUUUUGAGUCUGUUACUGUGAAGAAAAAUAUACGUAGGCCAUUGGUCUAUUGGUUUAUGACGUAUCUCUUUUGCUUAACCUGAUUUGGCCAUGUACAUAAAGUAGAGUCUGGAGCACCACCAACUCCUUGUGAGCACAUGUCGUUAGAACUGUGAAGCAGGUUAAUGUCUUUGGUGGGGUGUGUGACACUCCAAUGUGUUUUUCAAUGUGCUUGUUUUCAUUCUGUUGCCUGUUCCUGUAGCUACAGAGCAAUAAGCCUAAGCCUGUGGUCCAGUGUCCAUUUCUCACUGUUUCUAUCUCUCUGCUUUCGUGGAAAACAUUACUGUUAGUGCAGCAAAUUCUAUAUUUUUGAAAUGCUUUGAGCUCUUCUGUUUAUGCCAAGCAUUUGUUAGAUCUUGAUGUCAAGAUUUCUUUGCAGAGCAUUUAGAUUAGUUUAAAAAAAUAUAUAUAAACAGAUUUUUGAAAGCGUUAAAAGAUUGUGAUAUUUGUGUGGGUUUUCACUGCCAGUGCACAAAGGCAGUUGCACCUUGACAUUUUCUUUAAAUAGUAAAUGGCCACUGGGCCAUUAAAAAUUUCUUUAAAAGUCCUCGAUUUGGUCCUUUUUCCCAAAGGGUAUAUACUUCACCCUACUCGCGUAUUCUUUGUAGAACUUUGUAAUGUUUCCCGUUGCAGACAAGUGUUUCAUAUCUAUUCUUCCAAAGAUAAAAUAGUUGGCCCAUGACUAUAUGAAUGAAUCUACAUUUGAAGCUAUGAAAGAUAUAUAUUUUUUUUUAGUUAUUACAUUUCUUAAAUACUUGAAAGGCAGAUGAAGAUGAUUUUUAAUGGGUGGAAGGAGGGGACGGUAGGUUUAACAUGAAUACUCAGCAGUUCUGGAACAAAGUUCAAAAAGUGGUCCAUGGUAACUUAAUGUCCCUGCUGAUUACUCCACUUUUGUAGGACUUUUGCCAUUUCUAUAUAUAUUCUAGCAAACCUAGAUUGUCAAAAAAGGAAUAAAGAGUUUCUUUACAGGUUUAAUUAUUCAAAAUUUGUGUGUGUGUAUUUGCCUUUUGCUAGGAUUAUUAUUUUUUAAACGUAUGUUUGUGUUUUUUAAAUUUUUAAUUUUUUUUUUUUUUUAAUUAAGAAUGUUUGGGGACAGUGCAGGUAUCGAUAGAUUGCAUAUUCGGUUAUAUGAAAGCAGUCAAAGAGUCUGUGUUUUCAUUAGGAUUUCACCAGUGAUGUUCAUAAACCAGUUUGCGAAUUAAACCCAAACAGAAAAUUAAAUGAAAUCAAAUCAAAUAUAGUGAAAUAAGCGAAAACAAAGUUCCCCGCCCCCAAUCAGCAUGAACAUUUCACCGUUUUUCAUUGUGAUUGCUUCACUUAUAGAACUUGACAGAGAUUAUACAAACCCUCAAUAUAGUAAAAGCAGGCAUCUGUGAAUAUGAAAGUGAAAAAUAUGUGACCUUUGUAAUGUACUGCAAUAUGGACCAUAAGUGACCAAACAUCAAUCAUGCAGUUCCAAGAAUUUUAAUUUAAAUAGUUAUAGGGUUAAUCCAUCAAAGUAGUCCAGCAUAAGUUACUUGGCUGUUAGUUUUUUAUUUCACAAUUUUUAAAUAUAUUUAUUGAGCGAUUACCAGUAGGUAUUGGUAUUGCAACCCCUGUUUUUUUUCAUCUUUAUUCUACUUGGCUUAACCACAGUUGCCAUGUUUGUGUCAUUUGUUUUGUUUUUUUGUUUAACCCCUUAAGGACACAUGACAAACUUUUGUGACAAAGAUGUUUACCGCAACCUGAAUAUCACUGCUCGGGGUGGUCCUAAGAAUUUUUUUUAAAGGUUUUACAAUUGAUGGACCAUCUGAUCUGAAAUUACCCUUUACAGAUAUGUUAUAACUUAAAAACUCCUUUUGUGACUAUUGAUUUUCAUUAAUCAGUUACUACUUAUAACUGAAUGCUGGGUUCUUCCAUGGAGAAUCUUGGGCUAGUCUCUGUUCUGUAUGGCUCCCAGCAAGCCCUGUUAUAUAACAAUGAGCUAGAUCAGUGGUAUACAAAUGGUUUCUUUUUUAUAUAAUAUACCGGUAUAUAUAAUUCAAUAGUGGAUGACCAAACAUAUGCCAUUUAUAGAAUUACCCCUUAAGGACCAAACUUCUGGAAUAAAAGGGAAUCAUGACAUGUCACACGUCAUGUGUCCUUAAGGGGUUAAACAAAAAAAAAAAAUUAUCCACUGUAUUAGACUGCAAGUGAUUGAAAUGUCUAAGUUUCUGUCCCUAAUUCUUCCAGAAACAUUUUUGCUUAAAACAAAUGUAUAUAAUAAUAGUAAUGUUGAAUAGGGAAUUAAUUUUUUCUUUUUCUUUAGCUUAUGGUUGGUUUGUGGUUUUUAUUUUUUAUUUUUUGUGUUUGUAUGUGUUUUUUGCUUUGCUCAUAAUUCUGUGUGUGUAUGAAAGUGAGAUGUGACAAGACAAACGACAACGAAAGAAAAAAAAUAUAAAUGCCUUGAUUCAUCUACAGAUUUACCCAUGUAAAUUUGUAUAUCUGUAGAACUGUUACAUUUUUAACUUGGGCUGUUUUAGAAUAAGAUAAUGGGAUUUUGGAAAUAAUGUGUUUUUAUUUUUUAUUUUUUUUUAUAUUUGCCGGACAUUAUAUAGAGCGCUGGGCCUGUGAUUAAUAUUGAUCUCCUAAUUUGAUGGUACUCCUGUCUAAGGACCCGUAGCUCUUGUUUUUUUUUUUUUCGUUUUUUUUGUCCUUUCUUUUAAUAAGGCAUGUGAUUCGGGUUUACAGAAUGAAGAAAGGGAAAUGCACGCGUUGUAUACAAGAUGUGGAUAUCACAGCAUAAAUUAACAUUGCCUGGAUGGUAAUGCCUCAAUUUUUAGUACGUAGGUAAAAUAUAAACAUGCUAAACUGUUGUGUAAGAUAAAUAAAACAUGAGUAAGUACACAGGAUUAAUAGGGAAGACAUACAGCAUCAUAAGGCGAGUUUUAACCCAUUUUGAGGUGGGGGGGGGGUAAGCCACCUAAAUGGUGGAUUUUCACUAUUGGGUCAGGAAUACAGGUUUGUGUUCAUGACCCUAUAGUGAUCCUUUAACAAGAUAAUCCUGUUUAGGUAGAUAUGUCAGCGUGUCAUAGGGUUAAACAGGAUAUGCUAACUGACAGCACUAUUAGUGAUAAACAGUUGUUUAGGUACAGUCAGACAAGAUUCAUAAUGCAUGUUUAGUAGAAGCAUGCUGGUUUGUUGUGCCAUUCCCAUUUACAUAAGAAUAUCUAAAAGCAUCAUAGGAAUAGCAGUCAUGACCAAAGGGCGUAAAAGAAUACGAUUUAACAGAUUAGCUUACAUAAUGGUAUUAAUGCUUGGCAGGGUUAGACAUUGCACUUUUUCAUAGAAGUAAAGGCAAUCAGACCAGUAGCUUUCUUGACCAUUAAUAAUGACCAAUAAUGUAGCAUUUCAAUUACAGUUCUGAGUCUCGCAUAGGAUUUACAGGCCAUUACUUUCACAUUUCUCCAGAUCCUCAAUACUUUUUGAUCUUUCUUCCUUCUCUUUAAUGGUCAAAACUGGUCAUAGAGGAAUACCUUCCCAUUAAAGGAUCACUAUAGUGCCAGGAAAACAAACUCUUUUUCCUGACACUAAAUAAUCCUUAGGUUCCCCCCCUUCCUGCUGGGCUGAAGGAGUUAAAACCCCUCCACCCACUUACCUUUAUCCGGCGCUGGUGACCUCUCCUCCCCCUCCGACGUCAGCUCCCAAGUGGAACCGAAUGUGCAUGCGCGGCAAGAACCUCCACAUCGGCAAUAGAGUAGCUAACAAUCAUUGGAGGUGUAAUUUAUCGACGUUAAUGGGUAGGAGCUAUAUCUACACAUUACUUUGGUCUUUUCCUUACUAUCUUGCAUUGCCGCAGCAGUGAGUUUUUGGAGUUAACACAGAAACCUGAGAUUGGAAGUAAAAAAAAAAAGUCUAACUUACACAUCAAAUUGCCCCAUGUAUAAUGUUCAUUUACGAUUUUAUUUAAUUUUUUUUUAAUUCUUACUAAGGCAGUGUCCCCUUUUAUCAGCUUGCUUAAGAGGUUUGUGGUUUGUGUGUGUUUAAUUCAGUUUUCAUUUCGAUAAUCUUUUGAAAACAAGUGCAAUUGUGGCUAUCUGAAAGUACACUCGAUUAAACAUUUAAAGUACCGGUAUUUAGUUUAUAUGGAUAAUUUCAUACCAAGCACUGGCAGUAACAUUUUAAAAGAUGGAACUUGAAACUUAAUAUUCUGUAAUAUUACAUAAUUUUGCUAUUCCCUAAAGCAGGGGAUGCCCUAAAGGUAGAUCCCCAGAUGUUAUAAAACUACAACUUCCAUGAUGCUUUGUCAUUCUAAAGGCAUGCAAAGCAUCAUGGGAGUUAUCGAUCUACAACAUCUGUGGAUCUAUGUUUUGGGCACCCCUGCCCUAAAGCUUAAUUUUUCAGAUUCCAGUUAACAAUACAGAAAGAAAGGGCUAUCACGUGGCUCAGGGCAGCUGCUUAUCUUCAUUGUCUUGUUUUUAUAAGUAGCAGUGUGUCGAUGUUGGAGAAUUUAAGGAAUUUAAAAAAAAAAAAAAAAGGCUUUCUUGAAAUGCUUGUAAAUGCAGCUUUUUAAAAUUCCUUUAUAAAACGAAAUUCUUGUACCCAAAUGAAUGUUCAUUUGCCCAGAAAAUAGUUGUGCAAUGAGCUGUUUUGCAGAGAGUAAGAGGGCUGUCUUUUUAGCAAUAAAAUUACCUUCUGCUUGUUGUCUGCGGUGUGUACCAAUGCGUUUUUGAAAGUCUACUUGCUUUAAGUUUGUUUGCAGAUUUUGCGCAACCAUUUAAUCUACAGGAGUUUGUUCACAUAACCUUACCUUGUGGAGAAUUAACAAGGGAAUCGCAAAUUUAAAUUGAAAAGGAGGUUUAUUAACAGUUUUUCAGCUUAGCUCAAAUUUUGCAAUUCCCUUUUGCUAGUUAAUCUCCAUUCUUGGUUCUGUAGCUAGUGUGGAAUAAAUCCAUCUAACUUUUUACAGUAUCAGUGCCGUAGUCGGCAAGAUUGUUUUUCAAAGGGACAUGUCUUAUGUGCUUUAUGAUUAAUCUGUGUGAUACAAUGAUGCUUAUGUAUGUCGUAGGGUUUUUUAUGUUUUGUUUUGUUUUUUGAAAUAUAGUCCAGGGCAGUCUUCAUUAAUGAUCACUAGUCAAACAAGGGAACUUUUGGGAAAUAUUUAUUGAGAAUGUAAAGAUUUUGGUAAUUUUACAAACUAAAGAAAAGCUAUAUAUCGGAUGUUUAUACCAUACUAUUUCCUUGUCCCUUUUUUUGUUGAGGGAAUUGUAGAAUGAGUUGCAUCAACUUAUAUACCUGUCAAACUAAGCAAAAAAAGGAUUUUUAUCAGACAGAGUUGAUUAAAGUUUUAAAGUGCAUGUAGCUUUAUUGGUUGGGAGAGGAAACCUAAUGGGGGGGAGGUAUUUUAUUGUGCAAAGCUUGGUGUGAACAAAUAUAAUAAAUAUAAAAAUAAAACCCA